UCUUGCUCUCACACAAAACCCUCUGCUGCGUCUCUAUCUCACAUAAAAACGCCUUUCUUUCUCUCUUUCAGUUUGCUCGCAUCUCUCAUUCCCUUCCCAAAUUUAAGUCUCUGUUUUGGUAUUCUGCCAAGUCAAUACGUACCCACCCUCUUGAAUACUCAAAGUUUUAUAGCAAAAUUAAGAUACAGGCGUGAAUGUUGUGAUGGAGACAAAAGGAGGCAAAAAGAAGUCUAGUAGUAGUAGUAGUAGUAAUUCAGUUCAAUACGAAGUCCCUCUUGGUUACAGCAUUGAAGACGUUCGUCCAAACGGUGGCAUUGAAAAGUUCCGAUCUGCUGCUUACUCCAACUGCGUGAGGAUGCCAUCCUGAUACGAUCCGAGAACAAAAACAUAUGGCACCUUCAGUAGAGUAGAUUUUCUCAUUUUCUUUUUUUCCUCUCCUUUAAAUUUCCAAUAAACAAAAAGAAUACCAAGAAAAGCACAUCAGUUUCUUCUUUCAGCAAUAUUUGAGCUUUCAAAAUUUAGUCUCGAAACCAUGCUCAUUGAUUCACCACCGCCACCUCCUUCUCCUAUCGGAUUCGAAGGCUUUGAAAAGCGCCUCGAAAUCACUUUCUCUGAGCCAUCCUUUUUCAAUGACCCAAAUGGGCUGGGACUACGUGCCCUAACUCGAUCUCAAAUCGACUCAAUCCUCGAACCUGCUUGUUGUACUAUAGUAUCUCAGCUCUCCAACACUGAGUUCGACUCUUACGUUCUCUCCGAGUCAAGCUUGUUCAUUUACCCACUAAAAAUAAUUCUCAAAACCUGCGGUACCACAAAGCUGCUUUUGUCUGUACACCCCAUUCUGAAACUAGCCGAGUCACUCUCUCUUGAUGUAUGUCACGUGACUUACUCACGCGGCAGCUUCAUCUUCCCUGAUUACCAGCCUGCCCCUCAUCGUAGCUUUGCUGAAGAAGUCACUGCUCUGAAUGGGUAUUUUGGGAAUUUGAAUUCUAAUGCCUAUGUUAUUGGCCAUCCCACCUCUGCUAACCGUAAUUGGCAUAUCUAUGUGGCAUCUAAGGAUUCUAAAUCACUGCCGUUGAGCAAAGAUCACACGUCUGCAGUUACUCUAGAGAUGUGCAUGACUGGCUUGGAUAGGAUGAAAGCGGCUGUAUUUUAUAAAAAAUCGGCUGAUUAUUCGGCUGCUGAGAUGACUAAAAUGUCCGGGAUUAAUGAGAUUAUGCCUAGUCACAUGAUUUGUGACUUUGACUUUGACCCUUGCGGGUAUUCCAUGAAUGGGAUUGACGGUACAGCAUUGUCUACAGUGCAUGUGACCCCAGAGGAUGGGUUCAGUUAUGCUAGCUACGAGGCUACGGGGUUCGACUGUGGUGAGGUUAGGUUGAGGGGGUUGGUGCAGAGGGUGCUCAAGUGUUUUGGACCACGUGACUUCUCCGUUGCUGUCACGUGCCAUGGUGGUGGUGGUAUUGGGGUCCAGUGGUGGGCAAUUGAGUGUGCUGACGUGGAGGGGUACUUGUGUGACAGUGUGGUGAGGCAGGAGUUGCCAGGUGGUGGGUGUUUGGUUUACAUGACUUAUCAUGAGGUGAAAGAGUCCAAAGGGUGCGCACCUGCUAGGAUGAUGAACAUGCCGUGUUGGAAGGAUGUGGCGGAGGAGGAGGAGGUGGUGUUGGGGCUUUGUGGUGGCGGUGCCGGUGGUGGCAUGAUGGCCUGGCCUUAUAUUUCGUCAUUGUAAGUUGAGAGCCACGCCGUAGACUGAUUAAUUUACUCGUGGGUGGACUAUUAUUUAUUCUCUGUUUUGAUGUUUCUGGGUAUGGGUCUGUCUUUGUUACCCUUACGUACAAGUCUUUAGUCUUUGGAAUAAAGGGGCUUGCUUGGCCGUGAAGGUCUUUCUUUA